AUGUUGUCGAAUCCGCUCCACCGGUUCUCCCCCUACCACAUUCCUUCCUCGACACUUCUGUCGAAUGGCCACGUCCCAGCCGGCCACCUUCACGCCGCGGGGCUUGACCCCCUCGCUCCCGGCUCUCACUACGCCCUCCAACAGCUUCAACAACACGUUGGCGUCCACAGCCCACACCUCGCUCGGUCCGGCCCACAACCGAAGCACAGGCAACACCCUUACGGGCCCUCAGCGAGGUCCGCGGGCACAUCAGGGCCAAUUCGGAGAAGGAUUAGCAGGGCGUGCGAUCAGUGCAACCAGCUCCGGACAAAGUGUGACGGCCAGCACCCCUGUGCCCAUUGUAUCGAGUUCCAACUGGGCUGCGAAUACAUUCGCGAACGGAAGAAGCGUGGCAAGGCGUCCCGCAAGGAUCUCGCACAACAAGCCGCAGCUCAGGCCGCUGCAGCCGCAGCCCAGGGCGGACAGACUGGCACGAAAUCCGAGGAUCAACCAAGCGAGGCCGAUCGGUCUGCGGAGAGCCGGAGUGACACUCCGAGCAGCAGCACCAAGCCGGUCUUGACCCUAAACACUGACCAGCCUCCCGCAUCGGAGAAAAGCGUGACAGAGAUGUCGGACGAGCAGAUGCGAGGACAAAGGACCGGAAGCAUCGACACGUUGGGUGAAAUCAGCGCCCACCCAGGACAUAUGGGGGGCCACCACCCAGGGGCCAUGGACAGGGAACACCUCGAAAGCCCGACGGCGAUGGACCUGAAUGGAUACGGUGGUGUUCACCCGUCGCCGUAUGAGCGCCAGAUGAGCGCACACGCACACAUGAUGAACGGCCCGCCCCAUGGACCGUACCCGGGCAACCAAGGCAACAUGUCCAGCUACCCCGAUCUCCCGUACGCCCUGCAAACACAAAGCCCGAGUGGCUACCCGGCAAACCCCCCCAAUGGCUUCCGCCUCGCCAACAGCCCGCUCAGCGCCUAUCCGAUGGGCGGAGAGCCAGGAUCACCGGGCGGCUGGAUGAACAUGUCCUCACCACCGCCUCAGUUCGCUCAGCACAUGCCACCGCAGGGCGGUUACGGCCACUCGCAUCUCCGAUACCCCGUCUUGGAGCCGCUGGUUCCCCACCUGGGCAACAUCAUUCCCCUGCCUCUGGCUUGCGACCUCAUCGACCUGUACUUUGCGAGCUCGUCCUCGGCCCAAAUGCACCCCAUGUCACCCUACGUCCUCGGCUUCGUCUUCCGCAAGAGAUCUUUCCUACACCCGAGCAAGCCCCGCCAAUGCCAACCCGCCCUGUUGGCGAGCAUGCUCUGGGUUGCCGCGCAAACGAGCGACGCUCAGUUCCUGACCAGUGUGCCCUCAGCGCGCGGCAAGAUCUGUCAGAAGCUCCUCGAACUCACCGUUAGCCUCCUCAAGCCGCUCAUCCACACGCCGUCGGAAGAAGCCUCGCCCGUCUCGAGCCCGAUUGUCGAUGGCGUUGCUCUGGGCGGUCUCGGCGUGGCGCUCCCCGGGUCCAUCAGCAUGGAGGCUCUGACUAGCGAGUCGGGCGCGUUUGGCGCUGCUGGUACGCUAGAUGACGUGAUUACUUAUAUCCACCUAGCCACUGUGGUGUCAGCGAGUGAAUACAAGGGCGCGAGCCUGCGGUGGUGGAAUGCCGCGUGGUCUCUGGCUCGUGAACUGAAGCUCGGGCGAGAGCUUCCACAAAAUGCCCCCGCAAGCCGCCAGGGCGGAUCUGCGGACAUGGACGGCGAGGGCCACGGAUCCGAGAUGAGCAUCCCGGGCGUCAUCACGGAGGAAGAGCGCGAGGAACGGCGGCGAAUCUGGUGGCUAGUCUACAUUGUGGACCGCCAUCUAGCUCUUUGCUACAACCGGCCGCUUUUCUUGCUCGAUAUCGAGUGUGAAGGUCUAUUCCAGCCGAUGGAUGAUACCGACUACCAAAACGGUAGCUUCCACGCCUACACCGAUCCAAACGUCCUCACAGCAUCCGAGGAUUCUGAGGCCCCACCGACCCGGUCCCGGGGUCCCUCGUUCGUCUGCACCGGCCACAGCAUUUUCGGUUACUUCCUACCCUUAAUGACUAUCCUCGGCGAGAUCGUCGACCUUAACCACGCGAGGAACCACCCGCGCUUCGGCGUGGGCUUCCGUGCCUCUCGCGAGUGGGACGACCAGACUUCCGAGAUUACCCGCCACUUAGACAUGUAUGAGCAGAGCCUAAAGAAGUUCGAGCAGCGUCACCUCAGCCUCAGCGCACAAGCACAAGCCGCCGACGAGAAGGCCGCCGAGGCAGCCGGCGUUCCCACGGCCUCCAACGACCUCCCUGGCACCCCAUCCGGCCACAGCGUCCACAGCGCGCACACGUCCUCCAGUCGCAUGACCGAGAGUGACAUCCAGACCCGCAUUGUGAUGGCAUACGGCACUCACGUCAUGCACGUGCUGCACAUCUUGCUCACGGGCAAGUGGGAUCCCAUCAACCUCCUUGACGACAACGACCUCUGGAUCAGCAGCCAGGGGUUCAUCACCGCCACCGGCCACGCCGUCAGCGCUGCCGAGGCCAUCAGCAACAUCCUCGAGUUCGACCCGGGCCUCGAGUUCAUGCCCUUCUUCUUCGGAAUCUACCUGCUGCAGGGCUCGUUCCUGUUGCUACUGAUUGCCGACAAGCUACAGCUCGAGGCGUCGCCCAGCGUGGUCAAGGCCUGCGAGACCAUCAUUCGCGCCCAUGAGGCGUGUGUCGUGACGCUCAACACUGAGUACCAGCGCAACUUUAGCCGAGUUAUGCGUAGCGCCCUCGCCCAGGUCCGUGGCCGUGUGCCCGAGGACCUUGGCGAGCAACACCAGCGCCGAAGGGAGCUCUUGGCGUUGUACCGGUGGACCGGCGACGGCACCGGCCUAGCACUUUAA